AUGGGUGAAGCUUCGAUCACGGAAUCUAACUGGCGCCUCGUCGAGGUUGGCCGUGUUAUCCUCCUCCAGGGUGACAGCCCCUACGCUGGCCGCCUUGCCGCCAUCGUCGAGAUCAUCGACCACAAGCGACCUUUCCAGGGCUCUCAUCACCUCCCUAGUCGUCGACGGCCUCCCCGUGGUGCCCGCACCCCCACCGUCCAGAAGUUCUGGGAGAAGAACGAGAUCGAUUCCAAGUGGGAGCAGACCAACUGGGCCAAGCGCCGACAACAGAUCCAGCGCCGACAGGCUCUCACCGACUUCGACCGAUUCAAGGUCAUGAGGCUCAAGAAGCAGAGGAGGUUCGAGGAGCGACGCGUGCUCGCGAAGAUUAGGGCUAAGGCGUAA